AUGUUUGAUAUUUUGGAAGCGGACAUUGUUAUCUUCCAGGAAACCAAAAUUCAGAGAAAAGACCUCCGGGAUGACAUGGUCCUUGUGCCAGGUUGGGACUGCUAUUUUAGUCUUCCCAGGCACAAGAAAGGCUAUUCCGGAGUGGUGAUUUACACACGCAACGAAACAUGUACACCCAUUCGGGCAGAAGAAGGCAUCACCGGGCUGUUAUGUCCUCCAAACUCUACGACUUCAUUCCGCCAUUUACCGGAUGAUCAACAAAUUGGCGGAUAUCCAUCCAUGGAACAGCUUUCAGAAUUGCAAGUUGACCCAGAAGUGCUCGAUUGUGAAGGGCGCUGUGUUAUAUUGGAAUUUCCCGCCUUCGUUCUUCUCGGACUGUACUGCCCUGCUGCCCGCGACGAGACACGGGAUGAUUUUCGCCAAGGCUUUAUUACUCUACUAGAUGCUCGCGUACGGAAUCUCGUUGCCAUGGGCAAGAAGGUUAUUGUUACUGGUGACCUCAACAUUUCCGCCGGCGAGAUAGAUUCCGCCCACCUCACGGAAGCUAUACGUAAAGGAACCGGAAGCGAAGAUGAAUUUGUCUCAAGCCCUGUACGACGAGUCUUCAACCAGUUGGUCGAAGGCGCCAAGGUGGGGGGCGAACGCGACUCGGGAAGAGAAAUGCCGGUGCUCCAUGAUGUUUGUCAUUACAUCUUGAGUAGUUUGGAUAUGAAAGAUUGGUGGAGCGAGGGUAACAUACAAGAGGGUCUCAUGGGCUCUGAUCAUUGUCCCGUGUAUGCGAUAUUCAAGGAGAAGGUGUUCUUGAACGGCAAUGAAGUUGAUAUCAAAGACAUUGUCAACCCUCCUGGUGUGUUUGAAAAUGGCAUUCGAAAGCGUGAAUACUCGGCAAAGGACCAAUUGGCUCUAUCUGGUCGUCUCAUUCCGGAGUUUACCCAGCGACGAAGCAUCAAAGACAUGUUCACUCGCAAGCCAUCAUCAUCUUUUAAGGAGAAUAGCAUGGCCAUCGGCAAUGCUGUAACUGAAACAUUUGUUCCCGUUCUGUCUGAAUCUGCCUCGACAGACUCGGUCGAGCCUUUCAAGAGCCCGUCCAGGUCGGAGUUGUGCCAAUCACAAUCUAAUUCUGAACGAACUUCCAAUUCUCCGGCAAAUAGCGUAUCUAAACGAGCACGCAAAGAAAGCGCGCCUGCACCACCUUCAAAGAAAAGUAAAUCCGGAGGCAGGUCAGAUCCAACCACUUCAGUGAAGGGGCAGCAAAGCCUGAUGGGCUUCUUCAAACCGAAGAAAACGAAAGAUAGCCAGGAUGCGAAAAACGCGCAAGAAUCCUUCAAAGUCCGUACUCCCUGUAUCUAUAUCACCACCAAAACCAAGUCAAACCUCGCAGGCAACAGCGACUGA